AUGGAUUUCAUUAAAUUGUUCAAACGCAAACCUGACUCUAGCGAAGAGCAGUGCGCGGUCGAUAGCGUGGAUCCAAUUGAUAUUGGAUCGUUAGGACUGGUUGAAGGAAUUGGGCCGCCUCUUAAACCAGACUAUAGGUCCCUAAAAAUCUCCCUUCCCGAAUUUUUGAGUAAGUGGAAGACCUUCUAUCCCCUUGAGGAGAAUGUGGACUCGGUGAUAAAGAAGGUGGAGGAGCUGAAGCAUCUUCUGUGGAGUAUGCCCAUGUAUAAAAGCGAAAACAGCGACGCCAGCCAAGGGCGUAAGUGGUACAAACUGUGGAAUGUGGACCCUGUGGAGGACAUUAAAAUCACCGAACUCGAAUGGUGCACAGAUCUUCUUCUAUUCCGUUAUUUACGGAGCUACCGAUACAAGGUGGCCCAAGCAUUUGUCAUGCUUAGAAAGACGCUGGCUUGGCGUCGUUUUAAGAAACUUGACUCAAUAAACCUAAAGAACGUGGGCGUUUCUAAUGCCAAUGGUAUGGUCUACAGAAAGGGCUACGACAAAUCGGGAAGGCCCAUAUUGUACUACCGUCCACGUGACGAGGUUGACUUUGAUCGUGACAACCAGGCGCUGCUGAUUUUUUUCACUUUGGAACAGGCGACACAGACACUGCUCCUUUCACGCGGCAAUGACAAAAUCGUCGUUAUCGUAGACCUUAUAGGAUGGUCUAUGAGCAAGAUUCCUACAUUAGAACUGGUAAUAGAUACAGUUCGGGCGUGCUCAGAACAUUACACGGAUCUGAUGCACGAGGUCAUCAUUCUCGAUCCUCCAAUGCUUAUGGACCCGCUCAUGCAAAUGAUCAAAGCGGUGUUGGAUUCGUCUACCGCCAAAAAAAUAGUCAUGAAGCAGAGGGGGCCAAAGUUGGUGGAAUAUCUUAAAAAUAAGAUUGAUAAUUCCCAGAUCGAAGAAUCCAUGGGUGGUGCCAACAAGUCGCGGUAUAACCACGAAGUAUAUUGGACUAAUGAGUCCAAGGAAGCCCUCCAAUGUCAACAGCGUGCUGAAAACUGGGUGAAAGAACAUGAAGCUAAGUGGUUGGAACGUCAUAAGGAGCAAGGCAGCAAGGAGUCGAAAGUGGAAGAGAGUAAGGUUGCGUAG